AUGGAUUCAAGCCAAGAAGGACCAAUUGGAAACAUGGAGUCUGAUGUGGCCUUUUCCUUGAAGUCUGUGCCUUCGUCCAAAGUGUCUUAUCGUGUUGCUCACAUUGAUAUAGUUCCCAGUACCUUUUUCAUCACACCCAAAGUUGACCAAUACCUGAGGUUAUGUGCCAAAAACCUGUCGGAGUUUAUUUCCAAAGAAUUUCCCGACAUUUCGGUGUCCGUCACUUACCUACAAGGCACUCACGACCGCCGCUCCUCUGAUAUUGUAAAAUUUCAAGUAUUUUCCAAUCCCAUAUGGUGGAAGUGUCUUCCUCCGUUCAACGUCCAAGACAGGUAUUCCGCUUUCAUUAAGGGAGGCGAAGAGAUGUCCCCUUUCGGUUGUACUUGGCGUUCAAUUCUGAAGAUAAGACGUCUUUUUGAGAGCCUACGAAGUCGUCUCGCUGUUAUUCCAUGUCUUCACCUGGGUUUGUGUCCAGCAGACGAUCAGCGUUUCAACGAGCAUCAAAGUGAAGCUUGCCACCAGUCAAACAAUUGGCCACUUAACUUACGUCUCGGUGUGUCAACUCUUAAUUCUAAGGCUAAGUCCCUCUUAGCAACUCCACCCUCCCUCUUCUGGGCCUUUGCUGUGGCACUGGAGUUCUACUGUCUCCAGUCGAAGGGUCAAAAGGACCAAGGGAGUAAUACGAAUCUGACCGAGGAGACCGUUGGAGUUUUGGAAAACUGGAUGAAUUUUAUGACAUACGGCACCCUUUUCAAGGAGGAUUCGGAGAGAUACUCCUACAUCAACAAGAAUUUACUACGUACCACAACGUCAAGCGCUCAAUGUACGUCUUUAUGGCCGUCUCCACUCGCCAUAGUUGUCGAAUGCUUUGGCAUGGAGGAUCCAGUUCAAAGUACGGACGAAGUGGACGAGCAGCUUUCCACUCUGGAGACGGCUUGGUGUAACGCAGUGCAAAACAGCAUUAUGAAAGGUCACGCCAUCGUUCUUCGUGAAGUUGACAUAGAUCAAAUGAAGGAGGCAGUGGCACAUAAAGUUAUUGAGACGUGCAAAAUGCGUCUUACUUAA